UGAUCCAGAAGUGUUUACACUUUCAUUUGGAUUAGCAAAUUGUAGCUAUACCAACAACAGAACUACAACAAUUCAUAAAUGUAUUGAGCAACAAACACCUUCAUACGGAGUAUAACUGCUAGUUCAAUCAAACAUAAGACGCAGACCGCAAUUUGUGACUGGAUUAAAGCGAAAGAAGGACGAAGAGACGGAAAAAUAUAGAUACUAGCUAGCUAACGUAAGGCUAGCAGCAAGCUGACAUGAAUUCUCUCGUUGUCUAUGGCGUGUCCUCUGAUUCUGACAGCGAUGGGGAUAUUGGAAACAACAAGAAGACUGAGAGCAAGGUGGAUGGGGAGACCCAGAAGAAGGGCCGCAAUUUCCUCCUAGAGUCCGGGUCAGCCUCCAGUGAGUCAGACUGUGACUUCAACCCAGAGGAAGAGGGGGACCCCGUAUCUCAACUAAAACCUAAAUGCCCUCCUCCUGCCUGUAUGGCACCCCCCUCUGAGUCCCGGACCCCUCUCCUCCCCGCACCCCCUAGUUCCCUCUCCCACAAACUCCCCCCUCCACCCCUCGGGGCCUCGUCCAAGAGUGGCGUAUUCGCCAACCCCUUCAAGGCGCAAGCCGACCAGAAGCUCAACGUCUUGCAGAAGCACGUCCCUCUCACUCUGCUGGCUCGACCCUCCCAGAUAGGAGGCAAGAGGAUGUGCGUGGCGUACAGGAAGGACGGACGCUGCAGGUUCGGGAUCAAAUGCAAGUUUGCCCAUGACAGCGACCUCCAGAGCUCCAUCAUUCCCAAUGACUAUGACCCUCCUGCGGGUGACGAUCCCGGAUCGGACCAAGCUGACACCAACGCGGGGGGCUUUUCAUACAUGGGUCGCCAGAACUUUCACGACAACCAGGGAGGAGACCCUGAAGAGAAGGGUCAGCAGUCUAGGAAGAGGAGAGUAGGGCUGAGUAACACCCUAGUGCCCCCUAAAAGGUCAAUGAAGAAUUAUGCAAUGCAGAGGAAGAGAGAACAGGUCAAUUUGAACUGAGUGGACUUGCACAGGGAUACUGUCAGCAGCAAUACACUGUGUGUGUGUGUGUGUGUGUGUGUGUGUGUGUGUGUGUGUGUGUGUGUGUGUGUGUGUGCCCCCUCACAUCGUUAUAGUGUGUGACAGAGAAAAUGGGAAUGUGUUCCAAUUUUGUACCCUUAUUCUGCACUCAUUUACUCCCCCUCAUGGAUGUAAAAGGAAUGGGCUGGUGUAAAAUAGGGUGGAGUGAGUGCAAACUUCUGUUAGAAGAGAAUAUAAUCAGACCACAGCCAGAGAGCGUUCUAUAGGAUACCUAUAGCACACCUCCAAACUUCUGUUCAGUCCAGUACAUAUACUUGAGAUUGGUAGUUUCUACAUGACACGUUUUUGUAGUUUCAUUGAAAACACAUUCCUUUCUGUUAGAAACUGUCCAUUGGAAAUAUAAGCUACAAUUUAUCAUUGUUAAAUAAAUGCUUUAAAUGU